AUGGGCCCCGUCGAUCCAACAUAUCCCCUCUUACCUAUUGCUAACAUUCUCUCUUCAGCAAUGCUGCUCCUUGUACUCUUGACGAGCUUCAUCCGCCAAAGCUGGAACCUUGGCGUCGCUUUCCUGUGCUUCUGGCUCUUUCUCGAGAAUCUGACCACCGGUAUCAAUGCCAUCGUAUGGUCAGACAACGCCGACAUCAAGUUGUACGUUUAUUGCGAUAUCGUUUCGCACCUGUUCAUGAUCACGUCAAUUGUCAAGCCUAUGGCGACCUUGAUCAUCUCGCGCCGGUUAUAUCUAAUCACCCGUCUGCAGUCCGUGGAACCUCUCGACAAAGCCACGAAACGCAAAGAACUCGCAAUAGAGUGGACUCUUGGUUUAGUGCUUCCUCUCGUGGUUGCAGGACCCCUCUACUACAUAGUUCAGCAGCUUCGAUUUGAAGUCGAUGAAGGCUUUGGAUGUGAUAACUCUGUCGACGGUUCAAUCCUCGGAAUAUUGCUUCUCGAUUCAUGGAAUGUAAUUCCUCCCCUGUUAUCUAUCACCAUCUACUAUCCUUCUGUCGCUCGGCUCUUAUAUCGCCAAAGUCGGGACAUCAACCACUUUCUACAGAGUAACGGCUCAGUGUCUCGCACCAACUACUUUCGCAUACUUGCUCUCGCUAGUAUCGAUAUCCUGCUCACCUUGCCCAUGGGCAUUGCGACUAUUGUCUUGAAUGUGUUACAGGAUGUGUCUUUCGGUCUCAUCCUAUUCUACGCAGGUUGGACAUUCGAUCACACAGAUUGGCAACCGGAGAGCUUCUCCUACGCAGACAUAGUGGCGCAAGGGACUUCUACUGUAGGGGCGUUCUACUUCACCCAGUGGACAUCACCCGUCCUCGCCUUCACCAUCUUCGCCCUCUUCGGCGUCACCUCAGAAGCCCGCGCAUCGUACGGGCGCAUCAUCUGCGCUAUCGGCGGCUGGUUCGGCUGGAAACCGACUCCUCGCACGCGCAGGGCACGUUCACCGCUGGGAGACAUCGAGUUCGGCGAGCGGCCAGCUCAAAACUCGACGUCGCUUGGUCUCGAUUCGAAUCCUAGCUUCAUCAAUCGCGACGCACGGGCACAGGAGCGUACACCAGGCGAGGUGGAGAGUGGCGCGGACAAGGAGAUCGAAGAGGUCCGUCGGAGCACCGACGGUGCAGUUAGAGAUGCUGAGCAUCAGUCUGGAUAUCAGGCGCCUCAUUGUGUCAAAGCAGUAGACGCCUCGAGCGCCGUGUGA